AUGGCUAAUAAAGAUUCACCCUCAUUCAGCUUGGGGAUUUCACAAAUUGAAACACAAAAAGCUAUUCAUGAUAGUAAUCAGAUCGUGGGUUUUACUCCGGGCAGUUUUGAUUACACCAAAUUAGGUUUUAGUGAAAAUCGGUCAAAGCAGCAGAACAAUCCUGAAAAAUUAAAGAUUUUAAGAGAAGCUUUUGCUGCAAAAAAUCAAAAUGUUAGUUUGCUUGUGAAAAAACGAUCUUCCCACAAUGUAAGGAUUGGUAGUGCACAUAAUAUCAAUGUGGUAGAUAGGCUUAACGAAGUUAUGAAUGAUGAAGGAAUUAGAAUGUUCAGAAGUACUUGUUUUGGGUCAUUUCUGGACCUACCCAAUUGUAAUUUUCAAGGAUCGUUUGCUAUCGUUACUGGCUUGAAAUGCCAAGGCAGCGUUGAUGAUUCUGAGUAUUCAGGCCUUCCACCAUGUCGACUGCAAAAAAAAUAUUUUCCAAAUUCGUCAUCAUGUGUGAAAAGGGAUAAAAUUAAUAUCCCUGCCCGACACUUCCACAUGGUGGAUGAUGGAAGUUAUAGUAGUUUUUCAUGGGGAAAGGUAGCUUUUGAGAAAUUCAUGGCUUCUAUUAGCCGGUCGAUGAAUGAGGUCCAAAAGUUUUACCGUCUGAGUGACCUUUCAUACGCGCUUCAGAUUUGGUGGUACGAAUGUUGUGCCAAAGUUGAUGAAUCACUUGCCGUUCAUGUUCACAAUUUAAUUCCAAGAAUGCUUGUAUACAGGAAUAUAACCCCGUUACCACAGGAAUUGAGCCAUCUUGAUUUGCCAAAUCCUUUAAUAGUUGGUUCAACAGAUAAUGAUGCAAAUGUAGCACAGGCAGUAGCUGUACAACAACAAUCUGAGAGGACUGCUCCGACUGAAUUUGAAGAUGAAUUUGAUGAUUUUAGUACACCUCCUGGUGUAGGCCUUCUAAAAAAGAUGAGGCUUGAUAUUGAUUCUUCAAUUGAUCGUUCAGAGCCCCGAGUUUCAUUGGAUAAAGACAAAGUUGUGCCUAAUAUUGAGAUGAGGGAUGCCGAUAAAACACCUGCUGCUUCAGAGGAAAAGCUAUCACUAUCCAAGUCUGAUUUGGACGAGAUAAAGUCUUAUGUUAGGACUUAUGUUGACAUGAAAUUCAAUGAUCUCCAAAAGUUGAUGGUCGAUCAGUAUACAGGACUUUUGGGAGUUGUGAAAGAAGGUUUUGCUUUAUUUGACAAGGUUGCUCAAUAUCCAGUGCAUGAAAGUGAAAAAGGCAACCCGAAUAUAGAAGUGGAUCCUCCUCAAUCUGUUAACGAGCACACAACGGAUGCUAAAAGUUAUAAUAUUGUAGAUGUUGCUGGUCAAUCAUCUAAAUUAGGUGUCAAUGAAGGAGCAAUUGAGGAAGCUUUGAAGGAAGCUGAGAGUUCGUACGCAGAAAAGCUGCAAAAAGAUGAUAGGCAUAUUACAGAUGCUGAAGUAGUUGAAGCUAUAAUGAAAGAACGCGUAAGGGAAUCUGAAGAAGCCCUUCAUAAUACAGAUGAAUAUUUGUCUGAACCUAUUACCUUGUACGUACCACCAUCGCGUGCUACCUAUCCAACAGGGAUCAAUUAUGAAGAUGCUGCAACUAUUGACACAUGUGAUCGGCAAGGCAACAUUGAUAGUCAGUUUUAUAUUAGCGACAACGAUAUUGCAGCUAUUUCUCAGGUCCCUGUGUGCAAGACUAACCUGAAAUAUGUAAGGAAGCUUACUUCCAAGAGAAAUAGGAAGCCAUUAAAAGUAUAUCAGUCAUCAUUUGUCAGUGUGUUUGAUUCUGAGUCAAAAGAUAAAGAAGUCAUCCAGUCACAUAAAAAGUUGAAAUAUCUGUUAGAAGGUCACAACAUUAAUGGACCAUAUGCUGAAGAUCUCUUCUCAAAGUUCUCUGUUUGGAUGUCAGUUGGACUGAAAGGAAAGGAUGAGUACUACACGGCCAAACACACUGAUCUAAAACCAACUCUUGAUUUUGUAGUUGCACACCGAGUGAAAAAAAUUGGUUUUAUUACAUGGCGCAAUCAAGUAAUUGUUGGAAUGAUGAGGGAUUGUGGCUUGUUUGCUGCAGCAUAUGCUGAAUUUUUAAGUGACCGGCAUCAAAUACCAUCUUCAGAGUUUGAUUCGAAAAAACAUCGUACAAGAUACGCAUCCUUGCUAUGGGACUAUGGUGUGAACAAGGCGUGUAUUGAAUAUGUUAGUAACAACCAAGAUCCGCCUAGGCCUAAACGCACCUUCAUUCGAUCUGAGGAUACAGAGAUGAUUGAUGUUGAACCGUAG